AUGUCCAUAAACAAGAACAACCAUCAUCACCCUGAUACAUUCGAUACAUUCUCAAGUGGACCGACCGAUUCUUUUGCCACACCACCUUUAGCGUCAUCAAGUAAUAUAGUCCCAAACACUUUCACACCUGAGAAGAGCAGUCCAUCGCGAAAACUAAAAUUUAAAAGUAUUUACAUUAGUCAUGCACAGAAAUCGGACUUGAUCGCUUUUAUUUUCACGUUGCUUGCGUUUUUCUUGAUGCUGUUUGCUCUAGUGGCUUCUAGCUCAAACGCAGUACGCGGGGUAUAUUACGUUGAGCUACGGUUGACAGACCAAAAGGCAUUGGCGAAUGUGACUCAAGGGGGAGUAACCUGGAUUCAGUUUGGAUUUUAUGGAUAUUGCUAUGGGAAAAAUGAGCUUGAGUUUAUUGACUGUGCAUCUGGGUCGGGACUGACUGUUGAACCUUUUGAUCCACUUCCAAUAAUGCAAAAUUAUUUUCCACAAGUUGUAACAAACCUCACAAUUACUUGGAUAAAUCCAUCACAUAAUUCAGGCAUAACAUUUACAAUUUACCUUAUACUGGUACUCGCAUUAUCCGCUAUUGCACUCUCCGUCUGUCAAAACAUUCUCGGGUUCUAUUAUGACAAACAUUACACUCGUGGAUUUCUACUUGCCCUUGCGUUCUCGGCAAAUACUCUUACCUUAGGUUUAGCAAUCCAUUUGUAUACCGAUGGACUGCGGUUGAUAUAUGAGAUGUAUCCACAGUUCACGGGAAGUUUCGGUAAUGGACUUUGGUUUAUUGGCAUUGCGACUUUUGUUAAUCUUGCAGCUUCGAUACUGUUCUUUCGUGGAUGCUGUACAUCGACAAUAUUGUAA